AUCCGUCACCUCGGCGUCCCGAAAGCCGGAAACACCUUUUCUGCGGCAUUUUAGCCUCUUUCUAUAUUUGAUAACCGCUUUGGAAGAUAAGAACAUUUAGUUAAUAAGAAAAAGCAAUGGGAGUCAACGUGGAGACACUUUCCCCCGGUGAUGGGUCCUCAUAUCCCAAGAAAGGCCAAACUGUAGUAGUGCACUACACGGGCACAUUGACUAACGGUCAGAAGUUUGACUCAUCCCGUGACCGUGGUAAGCCUUUCAAGUUCAAGAUUGGCAAGGGCGAGGUCAUCCGAGGCUGGGAUGAAGGAGUCGCUCAGAUGUCUGUAGGUGAAAGAGCCAAGCUGACAUGCUCGCCUGACUAUGCAUAUGGCCAGCAGGGCCACCCUGGUGUUAUCCCACCCAACGCAACUCUCAUCUUUGAUGUUGAGCUCAUCCGUCUUGAAUAAUUCUAUACAAUCACAUACAAACAUUUUGUUCUAUGUUUAAAAUUCUGUAAAAUUAAUCAGAAGUCAAUUCUAAUCUUUUUUUUAAAUAUUUGUAGGUUUUUAGUGCAAUAUUAUCUUUCUACCUCUUCUCUGGAUUGUAACAAAUAGCAUUUUCUAGUUGCACUUUUUAAUAACAUUCCGGAAGCAUUUUUCAUGUUUAUUACUGAACUAUAGGCAGAUAGUCUUCAGUUACUUAAGCAUACAUCUCUCAUUAUUAAAUCUACACUAAAGGUGUGUCUUAGCGACAUACAUUUCUGAGAGUGGUAAACUAAUAAACCAGAUUAGAUUUUUUGUGUGUGUACAAAUUGUGUUUUUCAGUGCUUAUUUUUUUGGGCUCAAAUUUUUUCACAAAACAAAAUGUACUUUUUUUCUUAUACAUGAACAAUAGUCAUGAAAAUGUACUAUCAAGCUUUACUAUGUUUAUAAGAUUUAAUAAAUGUACUAA